AUGGCAGCUUCAAGUGCUGAUCAGAAAGAUAAAUAUCGUUCGUAUUUAUAUGGAGAGGGAGAAAAGAACACCAAAUGGAGGUUUGGUGCCCCUCCCAACUAUGAUGUUGUUAACAAGCUCUUCGAAGAAGGCAGAACCAAGAUAUGGCCACCUGGGUCACUCGAAGAAAUGGUACAGAACCUUUUGAAGACAUAUGAAAUGGAGCUUUUCCACAAGGCAUGCGUCGACGACUUCAAAUCAAUAGAUCCAAAAAAGUUCACUCUCAGCCUAAAUGGGAGAAAAGGAUUAGGUUUGGAAGAUAUAAAGAAACUGGGUGGAGGCUAUAACCCAUUGCUGCAGUCGUCUCUGCCAGAGGAAUUCCAGAUCUACAAACCAUCUGAGGAAACAGCAGAUUCAUCUCAUCGAGCUUUCACCACUACUUUCCCUCGUGGCUUUGCUGUGGAGAUCCUCCAAGUCUACUCUGGGCCACCACAAAUAGUUUACAAGUUCAGGCAUUGGGCUUACAUGGAGGGCCCUUUCAAAGGCCAUGCCCCUACCGGAGAACUGGUAGAAUUUUAUGGCAUGGCAAUUUUUGGGGUGGAUGAGCAUAUGAAAAUUGUAAGUGUGGAGUUCUUUUAUGAUCCCGGAGAACUUCUUGGAGCCCUGGUGAAGGGUGCUAAAAUUGAAAAUUAUGCUGGAGAGAUGACAACAGGUUGCCCUAUCCUGAGGAGCACAGGGUAG